UAAAGGACGUGGAGAGCGCGCAGGAGAGAACCCGGAAGUGGGGCGCCGCAGGUAAUGUCGCGGGAGACCCAGAACUGGGCCCUGGCCGGCUCGGCCCCCGCCCCGGACUGGAUGGAGGAGCCACGGCGCGGGAGUGUCAGGGCCCAGAUCCAGGCAGCCGAUGGAAGGGAACACCCCUGAUGGCACAGGCCCCAUGCACGUGCCGUUUGGGCACGUUGUGGCCAAUGAGAAAUGGCGCGGGUCGCAGCUGGCACAGGGGAUGCAAGGAAAAAUUAAACUCGUUUUUGAGGAUGGCCUGACACCGGUAGAUUUUUACUUGUCUAGCAGAUCCUGCAUUCUUUAUAUCACCGAAGCUGAUUUGGUGGCAGGAAAUGGCUACAGAAAGAGACUUGUUCGGGUUAGAAACUCCAGCAAACUUCAAGGGAUUGUAGUAGUUGAGAAAACUCACAUGAGUGAACAGUACUUUCCAGCCGUACAGAAAUUUACUGUGCUGGAUCUGGGGAUGGUGUUGCUUCCAGUGGCCAGCCAGACGGAAGCGUCCUGUCUCAUUAUCCAGUUGGUUGAAGAGCAAACCAAAGAGCCCAGUAAGAACCCUUUACUCAGGAAGAAACGAGCUCUGAUCUCCGAGCCAGCCCUCCUUCGAACUGUGCAACAGAUCCCAGGAGUCGGGAAAGUUAAAGCUCCUCUCCUGCUCCAGAGGUUUCCAAGUAUCCAGCAACUAAGUAAUGCUUCCAUCCAAGAACUGGAGCCGGUGGUUGGACAGUCAGUGGCCCAGCACGUUUAUGCGUUCUUCACCCAGUCCAGGUGAUGGCUCUUCCCACGGCAUCUCCUUUACACCACGAAACUACAGGAUCUUGUUUUCUUUCACAUUAAGAAACAAUAUUUCCUCUCACAGAAACUAGGGAAGGAUGACGUGAGGCCUGAAUGGCACCUGCCAGUUGUCCUGCCCUGCUUUCUGGGCUCAGGUAUUUACUUCAGGUAGUGUGCCCCAGAUGGCACUGCCCGCACCCUGCUAGCAUGAAGAGGGCUGGUGGACACCUUCCUAAGGGAGUCGGUUUAAACAGGGACUCUCAAGAUUCAGCAAAAAGCCGGCUUGGGCAGAUUUUAAUGUGUGACCCUCACCUGUAUCUAUCAUGGAAGGUGGUGGAUGUGACCGUCUAAAGGAAACAAACCUACAAUGAAUGAAGCACUGUGUACCAUAAGCCCCUUGUUCCUUCUGGCAGAGCCACUGUUCUUCAGGUCUGGUCUUAAUACACCUGUGCUUUGAGGGUGGCUGCCAGUGUAAACAAACAAUUGUCCUGCCUUUUUUCUUCCUUCCUUCCUUUCUCCCUCCAUCCCUCCCUUCCGGGUAGCUGCACAGUUUGUUUGUAAUCACUGAGCAUGACUUCUGAACACAGAAAGCCUGGAGUCCAGAGUUCCCAUUUUAAAAUAAAAAGCGAAUGUGUGUGAGGGAGGGAAAGAAUGUGUUUGUAAAUGUAUAGCCCAACAAUGGGAAGAGAAAAGGUUAAAUGGCAGGUGCAGCUGCAUCCAGAGAGGAGAGCCUAGGGAUGAAAAUGUACAACUGCUCAUUCAAAAAAUAAAUACAAUUAAAGAGGCUAUAUGUUUUCAGGGAUACUAAGAUAACUUGAGAGCUAAGUCCUGUUUUGUGAAAUGUUAGUAAUUUUUAAAAAUCAAAUACAAUAACAUUUUGUGCAUUAGGGUAAAAAUGAUUUGAAAGAGGAGGGAAUUAAAGUGAAAUCAAAGUGGAAACCAUUAACUCAGGCAAAUGAAUGCAUUUAUGUAAAUAUUUAUACAAAAAUAGCCCUAAGAGCAAUGGAUACACUUUCCCAAAUAUGGUUGUUUCCCUUUUGAUAUUACACACUAGAAAAUAUUUAAGUUUGUUAAUUCUCAAAAUUACACGUCAAUGGUGUAUUUUUAAAAGCUAUAUAACUUGUACUAUGCCAACAGUGAAUCUUAUUAGAGUCACAGUGUCAUCCAACAUAUAGCAAGAGAAAUCAGUUGGUAAGAAUGUCAUUUUAAAAAGUCAAAUAGAGCUCUAAACUUGAAUCAUUUACAUCCUGACCUUAUACAAUGUUUUUAACCCUUCCUAAAGACUCUUAAAAUAUACAACUAUGUACUUUCUACUUUAAACAAAAUGAAAAAUGUUUUGAGUAUCAAACAGUAUAUUAUCUACCUUGUAGACAGCAUCUUCAUCUAACACUGCCACUGUGUUAGCGACUUUUAAAUGACAUAAAAUAGAAGAAAAGUUGCUCCUAAAUGGUUGUUUAUCUAAUAAGUCAUGACAAAUUUGGCACUAGACUUUAUCUGGAAACAGCAUUCAUAUUAUUUAGAAAUAAUAGUAAAAUCUUGUUGUUUUAGGUUAAUGAAUUCCCCUUAGGAAGGAGCUCUUUGGGACAGUUUUUAGUAACACUAAUUUAAGUCUAUCAUUAUUGUCCCUUGCCCUGCCUUAAUUUGGGGUCAUCUGAAUUCUGAGUUAAGGAAUUAUCCAUCUAUCACCCAAGUCUGGAAACUUACAAAUAGGACCAGUAUAGGAAAUCCUAAUUUAACUCUGAUAGUAAGUAGCUAAGAGUCUUAAUUAUAGUCGUUAAAAACAGCCAUAUGUCCACAUUAUUCUAUUUACAAUACUUUAUAUAAUAAAUAACUUGCAGCAAUAUGGUGAGACUCCCCUAAUAAGUUUGUUUUCCACAAAUUUCUAGAGGUUUCUUGUUACUGUCAUUCAUAAAAACAUAUCAAUUGUAGGUUUACGCUGUGAGAAAAUGGGAUUUGAGAAUAUUUAGAAAUUUUCCGCUAUGGCACAAAUAUGAAGGCCCAGUCAGCACGGGAAACGCUUUUGUUUCCUCACGUUAGUACAAAGAACUGUCGGAGGUGAGAAGGCUGAACGGAGAGGGGAGCUUCUUCUUGACCGGAGGCCCCGCAACCCUGACCCCAACCGAUGGGAGGCACAAGGUGCUCGCCGACUUCUGUCUGUUCUUGUUGGUGUUCCAACUCAAAAAGGACAGCUUUUUCGAGAUUUUCUUGGUUUUAUCAGUUUUAUCAUCAUCAUCUGUGGCUAAGCAGAUCAUGGAGUAAGUUUUCUGCAUUCCCACAGAGUAUGUGGCACAUUUACUAUGCUGCACACAGAAAAGGAAAGAGAAAGGUGUUAGAAGUCAAGAUGUCAGAGAAACGAUUGCGAAGUUUGAGACUCAGAUUCUGCACUCAUAGCAUCCUCUUUAAAGUUACGUUGACAUAAUUCUGAAACUCAGUGACAAAUGCUUAUACAGAAUUAGGUUCUUAACAACAAGGACAAUUCUUAAGGAAUAUACUCAGUAGUAGUAAUUUAGGCUAGAGACCACUACCUUUUAAGGUUAUUACAUUUGAAAAAGUAAUAUAUACUCAUGGUCAAUGAUAUGAAAAUGCAUGAGGUGAACAGUAGGUGUCCCUCCUACCUGGGCUUUCAGGCUCUUCCCCUGAGGUAACCACUAUCUGCUACACUUUUAGAGAUAACAUUCAUGUACAGGUAUUGAUUGAUAUGUGCGUAAGUAUAAAUCACCAUUUGUCUUUCCUUAGGAAUACACCACACACACUUGUCCGCACCCUGCUUUCUUCACUUAAUGUAUCCUGGAUUUUAGCGCACACCAACAGAUACAGAUCAACUUCAUUCCCUUUAAAGACAGUACAGGGUCCAUGUGAUGAGGAUAUUAAAUUUUUCCAAUUUUUUAAACGUGAAAUAAACAUAACAUCAAAUUUA